AUGAGUAUAAAUGAUCUGGAUCAUUUUGAAAAUAAUCAGUCACCUAAAGCUCAAAAUUCUUCUAGAGCGUACUAUAAAGAAUUAGCUGUUAAUCUAGUGAAUAACGCUGUUCAUAAAGGAAAUACUUUAGCACAGCAAAAUCCGGGUAGCAAAAGAGCAAUAGCAGCAACAACAGCAUCAACAAUUUUAGAGAUGGGAUUAGAUCGAUACAAUAAUAGAUCUUCAAGAUCUGGAUCAAUAGAUUUGACUGACGAACAAAUUAAUCAUAUAGCAGCAAUGGCUGAGUCAGCAGGUGAGAAUGAAAUAAAGAAGUCACUGUCCUCAACCACAAAUCAUUUUGCAGAUCGAAUGAUAGAGAAGAUUAUGAAAUCAUCAAUACCGCAAGAUAUUCCCGAAAGAGAAAUAUUUGAAAAAAGGUUAAAUGAUCCUGAAAGAAAUAAGAGACCUGGGUUGUCAAUUGGAACUUUGACUUCAAAUGUUAAACAAUUGGCUAGUAAAAUGACAAACUUUUUUGCUAUACAAUAUGAAAUCAUUCAUAUAAUAACUUGGAAACAACCAAAUAAAACUUUGAGUGUUUUGGUUUUAUAUACUGCUGCAUGCCUUUGGCCACAUUUGAUUUUGGCAUAUCCAUUAAUUUUUAUUUUAUUUGGAAUUAUGAUUCCAGGAUAUGUUCAUAGACAUCCACCUAUGAGAUCAGAUUUGAUCAAAGUCAAAAAAAGAGGUCAAUCUUUAUUGAAAUUUUUAAAUGCUACUCCAGAAACCAGUAUCGUUGAAGACAUGGUAGAUGAAAAUUAUCUUAGAGAAGAUGCAGAAAUCGCAUCUUCGACUUAUUCAAUAUCCGAAGAAGCUUCAGAUAUAACGAUUUCAUCAUCUCAACCACAAUCAAGUAAAACUAGUAAUAAAGUUGAGGAUAAGAAAGAAUCAUCCGAAAGACGAAAAUCAAACGUGGCAUUAUUAAUUAAUUUAAGAGAUUUUCAAAAUUUAACAACUGACGUAUUGCAAGCAUUAGAUAAUGGAGAGAAGUUUUAUUACGAAACCGCUGGAUUUAAAGACGAAAGAUUGUCAACAUUCAUUUUUUAUGGCAUUUUAGUUGCAACAUUUGCUACAUUGUUUUUAGGACAGUUUAUACCGUGGAGAUUAAUUUUCAUAAAUGCUGGAUGGAUAGGAUUAAUUUUAUGUCAUCCGAAAGCUAAGAAGUAUUUGAUAGAUAUGAGUAAGUCUAGAAAAGAAAAUGCCAAAUAUGCUAAGAUUAAAAAGGAAAUUGAACAAGAAGCUCAAAUUGAGAAAAAUGGUAAACCUGAAGAACAAGUAUCAAUGGCAACUACCGUCAAGAAUGAUAUUAAGCAAUUCGAUCGUAAUGAUAUCAUUGUUGAUGACAAACCCGAAGUUAGAAUAGUCGAAGUUUAUGAGCUUCAAAUCAAAAGCAUCUUAAAAAGUAAUUGGUCAUUUUAUAGAUACUCAACCACGAUGUAUGAUAAAGAUAAUAAAAAUAGAAUUGCAGGAAAAAGACCGGUAGGAGUAGAUCAUUUGAAUAAAGUACUACCACCUAAAGAUUGGAAAUUUGAUAUGGGUUUUGUCAAUAAAUGGGUUUUAGAUACAAAACCAAAAGAGUAUAUAAAAGAAAGAUCAUUAGACCCCGAUUUAUUCAUAAUAAAAAGUCAAGAAGAUAAUGGGUGGAUUUAUGAUAAUAUGAAAGAUGUUGUACAUCUGGAAAUUAUUUAUGAGUUUAGAAGAAGAAGAUUAUAUAGAGAGUGUUAUAGAUAUGGAAGACCUCAUAAAAAACCAAAAAGUUUUUAA